AAAAAAAAGUUUACCAAAAAUAAAUAUCAAUAUUGAAUGUAAUAUAUGAAUUAUUGCCAUAUUCUAAUAAGUGUGUCAAAAAUAUAAAUCAACAUUAAAUGAAAUUAUCCAUGUCAUAUAUUUCUGAAAAUGACGUCAUCAAUUUCAGUAAACAUGUCAUAUUUGUUUUGUGAAAUUGAUUGUAAAGAAUGCAUGUGGUAAAAUCACUUCGCAAAUAUAGUCUAGGGAAUUAAACACAACACAUAAAGAUUGCUUAAAAAAAAAACAUCAGAGGAUACGAAAUUUUGAAAACACUCACUCACAUAUGAUAAAACAUUUUGUAUUGGCUGGGAUUUAUCUACCAGACGUAAAGUUAUCGAAGCUCUAUUGUAAUAUGACUACGAGUCAAAGACUGAAUAAAUGUGCAAUGGGGCCAUGAACACAUGAUGGUGGUGAUCAUAACAUCAUUGACAAUGUGACAAUAAGACAAAGAUGAAUGCGCAAAUCGAUUUUUUCUCUCUUAAUUUUAUGUCAGAUUUUGUAUACGAUAAAGGAUCAGAUUUUCUUUUUCUAGAAUGAUGUUAUUAAGAGGAAAAAUAUAUAAUAUAGAGAAAGAAAGAAAAAUAUAAUUAAUUGAUUUAUUCUAAACAAGUUAGUACUCUUCACAUCCUUGCAAAACCCUAUAAAUACCAACACUUUCUCUUCAUUUCUCCUCAUCUCUCUCUCAAAAACACUCAAUAGUCCUUAUAACUUGGACUUUAUCUUUUUUAAAAAGAAUGGCUUCAAAGAACUCAGCCUGUCUCGCUCUUUUCUUCGCUCUCAACAUCCUCUUUUUCACGUUGACCGCUGCAACUGAUUGUGGCUGUAGCCCAAAUCCCAAACCCAAGCCGGGCCCAAGUCCUAAGCCUAAGCCGCUCCCAAGUCCCAGGCCCCCCAAGCAUGUCCCAAGUCCGUUUGUUCCAAGUCCCUCGGUCCCAAGUCCAAACCCUAGGCCUGUCACACCUCCGAGCAACCCUGGCUCAUCCGGAAACUGUCCUAUAGAUGUCCUUAAGCUUGGUGUAUGCGGAAACGUUCUAAGUGGCCUACUCAACAUACAGUUGGGUCAGCCAUCAGCUCAACCAUGCUGCUCGCUUGUUCAAGGUUUGGUUGACCUCGAGGCUGCAAUCUGUCUCUGCACUGCUCUCAAGGUUAACGUUCUUGGAAUCAACCUUAACGUUCCUAUAUCUCUCAGCGUUCUUCUCAACAAGUGUAACAAGAAGGUUCCGUCUGGUUUCGAAUGUACUUGAAUUAGCUAUGAACACGACGUGCACACAGUUUCCUCUUCAAAAUAUAUUUACAGUUUGAAUAAAAGCAUGCAAGCUAGAGCUUAAUAUUUAAAUAUUAAUUUUGUUUGUAAGUGAUAUAAUAAAUGCGUGAGAGUUUCGUACUUUUCUUUGUUGUAAACGAUGUUGGUGCUUGUAUGUUUAUGUAGCCAUCGAUACCUAUUUUCGACCCAUUUAAUGAAUAGAUUUUGUAACCAA